CCUGCUACUACUCAAGGGCUGAUCGGGAUAGUGAAAAAUAUGGAGUCUGAAAGUAUGGAUUCUGAAAAUGUGGAAACCGAAAAUAUGGAAACGGAAACUACAGAAUCUGAAAAUAUGGACAUAGAGACUCUUUCUUCAGUUUCUGCUUUGCAGGCACUCUCUAAACUACUUAAUCCUGAAGAAGAAGAUGGUUUUGACUCUGAACAGUCAAAUUUUUUAUCUACUAUUGGAGCCAUGGGUCCUGGGAAUAUUGGGCCACCAAAAACAGAAGAGCUUAAAGUCAUCCCUCAAACCAGUGAGGAAAAUAAUGAGGACAUCUGGAAUCCAGAAGAGGUUCCAGAAGGAGCAGAGCAUGAUGAUAUGUGGGACGUUAGAGAAAUCCCAGAAUAUGAAAUUAUAUUCCAACAACAAGUGGGAACUGAGGAUAUAUUCCUAGGACUGACAAGAAAGGACUCAUCAACAGCAAGUUGUACGGAUCUAGUGGUUAAAAUUAAACUGCCAAAUACAAAUCCAAGUGAAAUUGAAGUUGAUAUUCAGGAAAUGAUCCUUGACCUUCGUACUCCUAAUAAGAAGCUGAUGAUAACUCUUCCCCAACCUGUUGAAUGCAGUAGUGCCAAAGGAUUCUAUAUUCAAGAAACUGAGACUCUUGAAGUCAACCUGACUAUGAAAAAAGAGUUUGAUUUUAAUUUCUUCUGA